GGUGAUCUACAGCAUGGAUCAGCCUUCUGAGGAAAGUUCAGGUUUGAGCGAUGAAUGGGAUGUUGGGAAGCAUCUCAAGAAAGAUAUAAACACCCGACCUGUACCCCGACAUCUCACCACCAUCAUCAACCAGACCAACAACAAGCUUAAAGACUUCUUUCUCGAAACACUUUCGUCUACCAUUUCAACAAAAUGCAAUUCUCUAUCCUGAUCAGCACAAUCAUCGCUCUCGCGGCCACUACCUCCGCCGCCCCAGCUCCUCAAACAGCCGUCAUUGAUUGUUGGUCAACAUGUUCUACAAACUGCGUACAGUCCGGUCUUCUCAGAGGAGGACUCUGUGAUGCUUCGGGAACUUGCACUUGCUUGACCGGCACCAAGCGCGAGGCUGAGCCAAUGCCAGCACCACAACUCGAAUGCUACGAGACAUGCAGUACGAACUGUAUCGCUGCUGGUGAUAUUGAGGGUGGUAUGUGCGAUGCUGCUGGCACCUGUACCUGUUUGUAAAACAUACAUGCUUAGUGGGAGCAACAGGGAGGACCAAAAAAUGAUAUAAAGUGCCGUUAUCAAGAUGUCUUGAUAGAUAGAUCAAUGCAGUAUAGAAUAUAAAUGAG